UUCAAGCUUCGGUUACAGUGUACAGUACGCAGACGAAAGGACGCGCGUUCAGAAUGAAAUCAGACUGAUUGUAGGAGAGUCAUGUUGAGGAGAGCGAGCAGCUCGGUGGGGUUUGAUGAAUUCGGUUUUGCUCUCGGCAAGAAAAGGGACAGAAAACUCCAACACAGAUGUCACGACUACAGUUAUCCUCAGCCUAAUCCAGUUAAAGUGAAGGAACUGUGUGAAUUCCUCAGUUACUGGAAUGGAGCCAGUUUUAUCUGCAGAAAUCAGAUCGAGAAGUUUAUUCGUAUUGGUAUUCCUCCAGCAAUACGUGGACGAGUUUGGAAAUGCCUCCUAAAUAUCGACAGUAUCAGAGCUGCCAGCUCUUUUGAUUAUGAGGCAUGUCAGGCUGAGAUCCGUAAACCUCUGGUUGAUCUUGGAGUCAGUGAGUACAGUAUCAUCCCUACUAUAGACUCUCUAGUGGACACCGAGAAUGAGAUCAGCAGCGGACAGGCUUCGGAUCUCCUCAGCGCUGACCUAACGCUCUUCAAACAGAUCGCCCUCGACCUGCGAAGGUCGUUUCCCACCCAUCGCACUCUGAUGGGGGACCGUCCGGAGGCUAUUGAGGGCCAGGCCAAACUUUUCAGAGUUCUUACCGCAUUUGCCCGAUAUAAUCCCCAGAUUGGAUACGUACAAGGGAUGUCCUAUAUAGCUGCUGUGCUCCUGAUGAUCCUGUCUGAGGAAGAGGCUUUCUGGGCUCUGGUUGCUCUGUUAGAGAAGCCCAAGUAUCUCUCAGAGCUCUUUGAUUCUUCUGUGAAGAAGAUUCAGCAUCAAGCUUUGAUUUUUCACCAGCUUCUGAAGCACAGGAAACCUCUGCUCUUCCAGCACUUGGAGACUCUUGGGGUAUCUUCUCUGCAUUUCAUCAUGCAGUGGUUUCUCACUCUCUUCACCUCGCUGCCAUGCUGGGACUCAGUAUUGGCCAUUUGGGAUCUUAUCAUGCUGCAUGGUCUGCAGGCUGUAUUUCGCACCGGCCUCACCAUCAUCCUGCUGCUCGAGUCUCGUAUCAUGAACAUGAGUGAGGAGGCCACAGUACUGCCCGUUCUGCUGCGAGUGCCUGUGGAUGUCUCCCAGCAUCGUGUCCUGAUCCCAGCCCUCUGGAACACUGAUGUUCAGGAAUGGGAAAUCAACUGCAUGAACCGCCUAGUCUUGGAGGAGGCCGAUGGCGGACAGGAUGAAGGGCCUUCAGUGCUUCAGGGAGGAAGGGUGAGCUCCAGUACCUUCCAGCGUUUUCUCAUGAACAUGCCAGAACUUGUUUUAAUGAGAUCCACUUUGCGAACGGCUCCAGGCUCUAGCACUAAAAAUGUUUUCACACGGCUGCUGAAAGUGGCUCAGCAUUACCUUUUGGAACCGGGGAAGUACAGUGCGCCUGCCAGGUCUUCUCCUGCCAAGAGGAGCCCUGCCCUCGGCCGUCUCCCCAAAACCAGAAUCUCCACCUCCUUCACUCAGGCGCAGGGUCGAACCAGGAGGAGCAGUAGCAGGCGUUCCCAAAAUUCCACUCUGGGUGGGGUCAAGAAGGAGCAGCUCCCUUCUCAAGAUUCUGAUGGAGGUGCUGCUGAAGACAGCUCCAACUCUUCGGCCUGGCGUGUGAGGUCAGGGCCCGUGGGUAAAGUGGCUCGCAGAAGGAGCCGAGGGCAGUCCGGACGAGGAAGUUCCCUCCUGCCG